AUGGGCGACCCUCAGAGAGGUCAAAUGCCUGAAAAGCCUCCAUGUUGUGCAAGUGCCGCCCGUGGCCAUUGCACUGGACAUUGCCCAAGAAUCGAAGACGUACUCUACUCCCAACGUAAAGGAAAGACAAACAAAGGUGCUCAGCGUUGGAGAUGUAAAGCCUGUGGUACAAAAUGGACUUCAAAAGGUAUUAUUAUACCACCAGUUGUUCCAGAUACUAUUGUAAAUUCAAUUGGCUAUGGAAGUGGUCCCGAGGAGAUAAGCCUUGAUUUGUCGGCCAGAACCACUAGACCGUACAAAAAGAGUAGAAUGUCAGAGGGUGGAAUCAUCUCGACAUCUCCUUCGCCAUUCCCUUCGUUGUUCAACUCGAACUCUCCGAAUGGCUCACCGAUUUCCUCGCCACCCUCGCCAACCCAAAUGAUUUCCACUGUGCCAAGCAACAGUAGAUCUCUGAUGCCUUCGAACAACAGUAAUAUUUCUGGAAGCUAUGUACCGAUACUACCAACUCAAGCAUCAUCAAACCAUCCAUCUCAACAACAGCAACAGCAACAACAGAUGACAGGUCUUAGAACCAGUCAGAGUGGUACACGUGGACUAUUGAGUAACAACAAUAACAGCGGCAAUAGUAACAAUAUGUCUGGUAUGCUAUCAAAUUUAAAAACUAAUAAUAAUAACAAUAAUGGAUAUCCAUCUUAUUUACCAAACAUCAAUAAAUCAUCGAAUCUAGCCAACAAUCAAUCUAUAAACAAUAGUAAUCAUAGUAAUAUUAAUAGUAUGGGAGGUCCUACCAAGCCAGUGGUAGUUGGUCCAUCGCAAUCCGGUUCAUCCAGUGGUCGCCAACUGAGUUACUCAUCCUCGCAGAUCCAACAACUUUCUCAAUCUGGAAAUCCACAGUCCAGCCAACGCCAAACAACAUCUACCAUAACAAACAAUCGACUUGCAGUAUCAAAAUCUUCACCAACUGGAACAAAUUCACCUAAUAAUCCAAGUAAACUAUUCAUGCAAUCUACACCUUACCAACCACAAUCAUCUUCAUCUCUGAGAAUGUCACCUACCAAUCCAAUACCAAAGGUACCUUCGAUUUACCAAAACUCAAUGCGUGAAAUGUCACAAUCGCCAACAACUUUUGCUGGUAAUCUCAGCAAUGGUAGUGACUCUCCAACCAACAAUAUCAACAAUAAUAACACUCCGUUGCUCUUCCAGGAACCAAUGAAUUGGAAUGUAACUUCACAGUUUGGAACAAUAAAUUCUUCGCACAAGAACAAUAUCCAAAACGCAUCGUAUGUGCCAGCACACAACAUCAUAGAGUGUCUCAAGAGAAUCACUCACUCCGUUGCCAUAUUCUCACAUGAGAUCGCACCUGACAACCGUCUGAAACUGAACAACUACCUACUGUUACUCUCAGUUCCCAGUGCAGAUGCACAAUUCAACAUUCCAGCAUCACGUAAAAUACUGGCCAGCAUUGAUCUGCCACUCUUCCAAAUCGCUAAAUCCUAUCAGGCGCUAUACCAGCGAAUUUCACACCACCACGCUGCCAUGGAAGAUAAUCUGUUGUCGGUUGGCGAGACCUAUUUCGAUGACAAUGAGAUUAUGAAUUUAAUUUCCUUCAGCGAUACAUACCAGCCAAUUGAAGAGUUGUAUGAAAGUGUUGUACAAGACGUCCAACAACACCGUGAAGUCUUGCUCAACAAGAAGGAAUCGUUAGAGUCAAGUCUGACCGAUCCAAAUCUGAUUGGCGGCCUCAAUGUGCUCUCCACACCAGAGAACAACGCUCACUUGGAACAAACCAGAAACGAUACUGCCAAGAUACUCGAUAGUUUCGCACCUCUAGAGUCUGCACUCUCCAACAUUGAAUCGCGUCUGCGUGCUAUCAACAAAGAACUUUCAUUGGUCAACAAGAUCCUGACAAUGUUGGAAGUAUUAUACUAUGUACAUAUUCAAAGUUGGAAACCAAUCAUUGAGAAACACCAACGUCUCGUUCAAAACUACCUGGUCGAUAUCAUUCACCAAUCACUGGUGAACGCCGACAAGAUGGCAUUUUCCUACUCACUCUUGAAAUCAAACGGUGGAAAACGUUCAAUCGGCGGUGGAAAUCCUCAUGAGAACAGUGAGAACGACCAAUUCAUUGUCGAAGCCAAUGCCAAUCCAUUCGUAAACAAACUGACAGAGAUAUUGGAUAAAUAUGAAUCGAGCAAACAAUCGAUAUCACCAUCAUCCUCAUCGAUUGUGCCAAAGGAUCGAAAGAUCUUGGCUGUCUACCACUCGGAAUGCAUGGACCACGUCGUGCCAGAAGACCAUCCGGAAUCACCGAAACGUCUCAAUGCAGUGAUCAAAGCAAUCAAUGAGUAUGCCAAGCAAACGGAUCGACUCGUUAUAAAGGACGACCCAGAAGAGAUCUCGGACAAAUGGAUAUUGACUGUGCACUCACCCGACUACCUCAGACAACUCGAUGAAUUCACUGAGAAGUUGGAACCCAAUGAGAUUCGUCCACUCAAUGUCAACGACGGUGCCACUCAAGCUGGUGCUGGAAUCCAGUUUACUCCCGCAUCGGACGGCGAAGACGGCGAUACUUUUAUCUCAAAGAACUCAUUGAAGGCAGCAAAGCGUGCCGCUGGUGCAACGCUUGCUGCCGUAGACCAGGUUCUCAAAGGCGUGGUAUCGUCAGCUUUUGUGGCUGCGCGUCCACCCGGCCAUCAUGCCGGUCGUGAAGGACUUACCUCUGGUACCACCUCCCAAGGAUUCUGUCUACUCAACAACGUUGCCAUCGCUGCCAAGUACGCACAACUCAGGUACGGUGUCGAAAAGAUUGCCAUCGUCGACUUUGACGUGCAUCACGGCAACGGAACCGAAGAGAUUCUCGCUGGCGAUCCCGGCUUCCAAUUCCUCUCGAUCCACAUGUUCGAGGAGGGAUUCUAUCCCGGAAGUGGAGGUGGCGGUUCACACGGUGUCAUUUUGCCCAACGGAGAGACUCCCGAGCCACUGGAGAGCGAGCCAAACGUCGGACCACCAGUGAACAACAUUGUCAACAUCCCAAUGGAUCCAAAGAGCUCGGCAGGGUCAUUCAUCAAAGCAUUCUCGAUCAUCAUCGAGAAACUCAAUGAAUACCAACCAGAGUUGCUGUUGAUCUCCUGUGGAUUCGAUGCACACAUCGACGACCAUCUAGCAUCGCUCUGUCUACACGAAGAGAACUACAUAGAGAUCACCAAAAAACUACGUCAAGUCGCUGAUCAAUGGUGUCGUGGUAGACUGAUAUCCGUACUCGAAGGAGGAUAUAACAUAACAGCAUUAAGACAAUGUACAAUAGCCCAUCUUAUGGCAUUAACCGAAGAUUAA